GUUUUGUUUCUUACAGUCGCUUUUAGUCCUUUAAACACGUGGAUAAUGUUUUCGUUGUUUUCUUACGUAAUUUAAUUUUUUCAUCAAAACCGUAAGUCCAGGACCAUUAUUAUGAAUAUUUGAACAGCAUGAAAUUGAAUCACUUCCAGAAAGUCUUCAUUGGAUGGUCAUUAGUUAUUUCCACCGGGCUUUAUUCGUUUGUCCUAUCUAAGCGAUAUAUUGAUUCCAAACGUUUUGAUAGUAUGAAAGCUAGAGAACGCAUACGUCAAUCUAACAUUGGUGAAUAUACUCCUAGUUCUAGAAAAUUAUAAUAACAUUUUGGUAACA